AUGGCGGCGUGGAGAGCGGUGCUGGCGGUGGGCGCCCGCGCUCCUCUGAGAGGGCGGCUCGCCGGGCUGCGGCCCCCUCGGAGCCAGCGACGCCCGACCAGCUGGAGGGUCGCCGCCGCCGCCCUGGUCGGGGGAGGCUCCCUGGCGGCGUGUUACAGCGGGCGGCCGGGCGUGUUCCCGACGGUCCUGGCUCAGAAGGAAGAUGUCAUUAAUGCGGAAAGGGACGAAAGGCUGUCUCUUCGGAAGCAUCGCUUCAUGCAUUUUGCAUCAUUGGAAUAUGAAGGAGAAUAUUACAUGACACCAAGAGAUUUCCUGUUCUCAGUAAUGUUUGAUCAAGUUGAACGGAAAGCCUCAGCCAAGAAACUGACAAAAAAGGAGGUGGAUGCUGCACUGCUGUGUGUUGCCAAAGCUAAACCAGGACCGACCUUUUUUAGAGAGCUUGGUGAUAAAGGGUUGAUAUCUUAUGCAGAGUACCUAUUUUUGCUGACAAUCCUUACGAAACCCCAGACUGGAUUUCAGAUUGCCUUUAAAAUGUUGGAUACAGAUGGCAAUGAACAAGUUGAAAAGAAAGAAUUCUUUAAGCUACAGAGAAUCAUUGGGAAAGAAGAUGAUUUGAAAACAGCUGGAGACGAAACAGUAUUUCGGGGAGCAGAACUGGAAAGCUGUGGCAUUACUACCAUGUUGCUGGUACAUUUCUUUGGAAAAGAAGGAAAGGAAAAACUUCGCUAUUCUGAGUUUUUCAGAUUCAUGGAAAAUCUGCAAACAGAAGUCCAAGAAAUGGAAUUCAUAAAGUUUUCAAAGGGUUUGAACGUCAUGAGAAAGGAAGACUUUGCAGAAUGGUUACUGUACUUCACUGAUGAGGAAAACAAUGAAAUUUACUGGCAGAACGUGAAAGACAGAAUUGAGGCAGGAGAGAAUAUCAGUUUGGAAGAAUUCAAGACUUUUUGCAAGUUUACAAAUAACCUGGAAGACUUUUCUAUUGCCAUGCAAAUGUUUACUGUAGCCAAUCGUCCUGUUAAACGGGCUGAGUUCAAGAGAGCAGUGAAGGUGGCAACAGGACAGGAGCUCUCAGAUAAUGUUUUGGAUACCAUCUUCAAGAUUUUUGAUCUAGAUGGAGAUGACUGCCUCAGCCACGGCGAGUUUCUUGGAGUCCUGAGGAACCGAAUUCAUCGAGGUUUAAGGGUACCGCAACAGCAAGGCAUUCAAGGUUACUGGAAGUGUGUGAAAAGAGAAAGCAUUAAAGGAGCCAAAGAAGUGUGGAAGCAAACUGGGAAAAGUCCUUUUUAAAGCAGUCCAUUGUUCUUUUGCUAUAAAUGUUGUUAUUUAGGGGAGUUUGUCUGUCCUGUUUACAUACUAGCUGAAUCAAAAAUACUCUUUUUUUUCCUAUAGUUAAACCUUAAUUAGCCCACUUUCUAAUGCAAUAAUUUUAUAUCGUUCUAGUGCAAUCAGUUUGGUUUACGGAACUGUUAUCACUUUUGACCUCCAUAUGGAAGUACUCUUGUUCUAGGGAAUAGUGUUGUUUACUCCUCUGUGGAGUCUGACCCUGCGCUGUAGCAUACAGGUUACGCAGGAUUUAAUAGUGGCCACUGGCAGGAACGUCACAGCGAUAUCAUCUCCUGUUGGAAGAGUGGACAUCAUCUCAGUUAGCCACUAACACAGCAGUUCUCUUUCUCUGGCAAGGACAGAGGUCCAAAAGGCGAAAUCACUUGCACAAUCCAUGCAAAUCAAGUUAUCCUAAAUCAAAAAGGAAAAUUCACAUGGUUUGUGCCCUCAUUACUGUGAACUGCUCGUGUGCUAGUUCCUGGUGGAUGAUUCCACCAGAUCCUGUGUGGAUGUCUGGUUUGUCUACCUUCAUGAUGACAAUAUUAAACUGGAAAUACAAGACUGUUGAUACAGGCUUUAAAAGUUGUACAUUGAUCUAUGAAUGUGCAUUGAGUCUCUCACACCUCUUCUCACCUUUAUACCAGAUAGUAUAAAUGAGAAGCAAAAAUCCUCAUUCUAUCAUAAACAGCAGUAGCUACAAUUUGAGUCAUAACUGUUUUGCUUUAAUUGUAUUGCAGAAGGUGAAUGUGUAACAAAUAGUUGCUUUAUCUUACUAAAGGUUGUGACAGGGAAUUCUGCAGUAUCUCAGGAGUUCAAGGUUAUAACAAGCAAGUGUUGGGGGAAUAGAAAGUCCAAUGAAAAAGUAAAUACAAAUGUUUAUUACUCCAAAAUGCAAAGUUAGACAUAAGAUCUUAAACAGUAAAACAAGGAACAGAUCAAAAUUAACAUUUAGCAAUUAUAGAUGAACAUUUUUUAGCUAUAACAUAGUGUGCAUCUAUGUAUACACAGGUGUGCAUGUUACAUGCUUUUUCUUUCUUACAACCUUAGGAGCCGAUAGUCCCAGGUCCAGAUCAGUCUUCCUGGUUGGCCACUAUAUAUAGGAGAUAGACUUAUCGGUAAAGCUUUCAAGGUUCUUCCUCUUUCCCCCUCUCAGUUGUCUGACUUGUCUUGGCUGGGGUGAAAGCUUAACGUUUCAAGACAGGUUUGUGAUAACAGACUCAAAAGAUGGACUAGGGAAAUGUCUCAAGAAAAACAACCAAGAAAUCUCACCACUCUGUGAGGAAGUAUCCAUCCCUUUUAAGCAUGACACUAGCUAUGUUAUUCUGAAAGUUGUAUAGACGCUCAACAGGAGGUGUUUUGUUGUAAUUUCCUUGGGUUUUGGUGGAGAGGGGAACCUUCCAUGAUAGGUAGACAUCAGAGCAGCCCUCACUCAGAGGAGGGACAGGAGCGACUGCAUUAGGAAGCCAUAAAGAUCCCACCUAAGGAGUACUGAGAUUACAGAGAAUGUAUUUGGUAUGUUGGUAGCCAUCAGGCAGGGUUGUGGUGAGGAGGAGUCUUACCGCCCGAGCCUCGGCACGGUGAUCUGUCCUAGGGAGAUAGAGUGAGAAGCUAGCAAAGCAGCUCUUCCCUCCACAGUCUUCGCUUGGAGCUUUAAUUUAAAUUGUGUUAAAGAGAAAAUGCUUGUAUUCUUGUCAUCUGUGGACAUGCACCCAGAGUCACCCACCAGAACAAGAGCAUGGCUAUGUGGGCAUCCUGAGACUGUCUAGAAGAUCAGGCACCAGUGACCACCAAGGAUCCCUUUUCCUCCAGGAGACAAUCCAUAUGAAAUACAAUGCAGUAAAUGCCUCAGCCUCCCCGCCUCAAACUGAACUCAUGCACUGCUCUGUGGGCAACAAGAAAUUAGAUAGCUGGUUUACUUUGUGUGUUUGGAAGUUGCUUGCUUCUUCUGGUGAUGGGAGCUAUGACUAAGAGAGAGCUAAUGGCAGCGAAGGUGGGGCAGUGGGACUGGCAUCAAAGUACCGCAGCCAGCUUUGCGUCACCAAAUAAUAAAAAGGACACAAUCGAGUAAAGCA